AUGGCAGAGGAAUUUCAAGAAUCCGAAGUCAUUUUUCAAGAAAAUAUUACAAAACACGAAGUUGAUGAAAGAAAUGAAGAGUACUACGACUUUCAAAAUACAAAGAAGCUACCGAAGAGAAAGAAGCAAAAGAGAAUUUCCAAUUCUGUCCCCGUUAAUAUCCCGGAGAAUUUAUCGAGAAAUAAUUCAUGGGUCAAGUGCGUGAAAAAUGAAGACGAAAGCGACGGAGAAAUGGUGCCGCGCCACAUCAUCACCGGCCGGAGAAUCGCCGGAAAAAUGAUGACAUUUUCUGUUUGUACAGGUUAUGGAAGAACACUUAAGGGAAGAGAUUUAAGUCAA